CUAGCGCGCGAGUGGUGCGUUAGUUUAAGCUAGCUUAUUAAUUGAUGCGUCAUUCACUAAUUUAACAGGUGUUGGUCGUUUGUAGCGAUUUGUUAAUAAAACUGAGUGCAAAGAAAAGUGAGCGGGAGUAAUUUUGUGUUUGAGAGGCAUAAUUAACACGAAUAUUACUUGGUAUUAACAUUAUAGUCUGCGGAGACAACAAACGAGUCUCUUGUUUGUUUCGUCAAUCUACCCCUUCUUUUAACAUGAGUCAUGUAAAUUGGUAGGUGAAACAACAACAAUGGCGAGCACGGAUAUUGUUUAUGAGCAGGUUCACUUUAGACAUGAUCCAAAGUGGAGCGUCCGCCUGCGGUCUGCUGAGGGUGGCGAGCUGGUGCUCUGUGUGGCCUGUGCUAUUGAAAUGAUGGAGACCGAAGAAAUGGCCUCGGUGAGGAAAUGUUUUGCCUUGUCGAGUAUAAGUGGCAUCCUGAAGAGCUCUGCGGGGGCUUUGAGAGAGCUGUUUCGACAGGACCACAGAGUCACUCUGCAUUUUAUUACCAAGUUAUUAGGUAUGCUUCAGACUGAGGACCCAGUCACGGUGGAAAAGGUUGACCAAGUGCUGGUUCAGCUGCUCCUUGAGUUUCGGAAUGAGCUGCCACUUCACUUUGUUCUGGAUGAGCUCCACAAGCAGCUGAAUGGCCAGCUCAGUGCAAAGAGUCUCCUGCCGACGUUCAACUUCCUGGGGAACCUUGUGAAGACGGUGCCCAACGUGGCGCACAGCUUUAUUACUCAGUACGUUCCCCUGCUGGAUCACCUGUGCUCAGCUUUGGCAUAUCCGGACGAAGCACUGAAGACUUCAGUAGUGCAUGUUUGGCUGCAGCUGAUGCAGACAUCAGGAGACGCCGGGGCACAGGACCUGCCCAUUGCCACUAGGGACAGAUUAUGCACCCUGCUGCUGCAGACGUUUAGCAAUGCUAGCUCAGCGCAGCUCAUUAAAAACUGUGCAGGCCUGCUCUGGCAGCUGGUCAAGUAUGAAGAAGCCGUGUCGGUUCUGAUGAGCAGCUCAGGCGGUCCGCUCAUGUGCGACGCGAAUGAGGACAUCCUCGCCAACAACAGCCAGUCCCUCAUCCAAGACCAAGAGCAACAGCCUGCUGACCACAGCCUACUGCCUCUCCUGUUGAAAAAGUUGCUGCUGAGCGGUGACGAGGCGCUGCAAGUGACCAGUGCGAAGUGCAUCGCUGCCAUUUUGGUUCAUUCUCCCAGUCAGUACUGCGCUCUCUUCAUCAAGGCUGAUUUACCAGGUUUUCUCUUUGACCGUCUGGCCAGCAGCAGCAGUGAGAUGCUGCUGUGGUCCAUCUACAGCUGUUUGGUGUUGCUGACUGAGGAGCCGCUUUUCUUCUCCCAGUGCCACUCCGUAUACGGCAUCGAGUCCCUGGUGCGCAGUCUUAAGGAGGCUUUGCAGCUGAGCAAUCUGGAAGCACCGAAACAAGGUUUUCUGCUCCUCACUGAAAUACUUGAAAGACAGCCACCAGGCGUACAUCUGUUCCCCAGUGCUCCAGGGUUCGUGGCGGUGUCAGAGGCGGUGAAGGCCGGCGUCUCCUCCUCCUGCCUGCUGGUCGCCGCACAGGCUGUCAAAGCUGCAACCGCUUUGUUCAGACUCAACCAUCAGUCCAGACCAGUCCAGUACCAAGAGCUGGAGGAACUGGUAGAGGCCAUCACCAGCAGGUUCCCUGAGCUGAUUCUGACUCCCCCUUCUCUUCGACGCGGCAUGGGAAACAAACAGAGUUCAGAUUCCGGCAGCCAGACCUUUCGGUCCAAAGGAUUUCUGCUCCAGGCUCUGAUCUGUUUCCAGGCAGCCUGCAGGCUCGCUGAGGAGUGUGCGUCAGAGCCGGCGCUGAUGAAGAACCCGUUCACAGCCCCUUAUAAACACAGCGGCGCUCAGGACUCGCUGGAGUCCGUCUGUCAGUGUCUGCUGCGCUGCUGCGACUCUGUGUGGAUACCAACCGUUCUCAAAACAUGCGAUGGUCCGCCUAGCGCCCAGAUUCUGGAGUCGCUCUACUCCAUCCUUUGUUCGCAGUUUGUCCUCCUUCCAUCUCUAAUGCCGCAGUUUGCAAAAAAACUGGUGUCUUCUGGUUUCUAUCGGCUGGCGGUGGAGCACAAAGCCCUCCUCUGUGCAGGAAACAGGUACACCCACAGAAUACACAGAGACGGGGGACGCUCAUAA